AUGGAAUCGCUUACGGACCCUCCCCCUGAAGAGACUCCGAACGAUCUGGGUGAACUUGGCAGGUCGUUUCUGCCGCCCUUCGCAAAUGCGGAGAACAAGGCUCUCAAUCUGCACAUCAGGCAACUUGAGAAGCAGCUGGAGGCGGUGGACAUUUCCAUCGAGGAGCAUGGCGGCCGCAUCACCGUCAUGGAGGAGCACCUCAAGAACGUGCGCCAGGAGAUUGCCUACACGGAGAGCAGGAUGGACGUGGAGCGCAAGGAGAUCGAGACGGAGGCGCACCUGCGCAUCAUGGCCGAAAAGGAGCUGGCGCGCAUGCGAGCGGACAUCGCGCGGCUCGAGAAGGAGAGGGCCGAGCUGACUGACAGGGUGCACGGCCUGCAGCAGGGCAUCAUCCGCGGCAGCGAGCGCCUGGACCAGUUCCGGCUGGCUAUGAGCUGGAACCAGGAGGAGCUGGAGCAGUGGGCAGCGGCGGAGAAGGCCAAGGAGGAGGACAGCCGCGCGGUGGACGACUACAGGCGGCAGGACGAGGGCAAGAUGAAGGAGCUGGGGCUGGCCGUAGAGAAGCUGACGCGGGAGGUGGCCGCCAAGAAGGACGACUUGGAGGCAGAGGUGACCGAGACGCAGGCCGCGCAGCUGCAGCUGGACCGCGCGGCCGAGGACUACCGCCGCCUGCACUCUGAGCGCCAGCAGCUGAUCCGCCAGUGGGACGAGGCCGCCACCGCCAUGCGGCGCCGCGACGCCGCGAUUGGUGCCGCGGGCGCCGCGUUCGCGGAGCGGAGGUUGGCGCUGCGGCGGCGGAAGGGCGAGCUGGACGCGCGGGCGCGGCUGCUGGAGGGGGAGGUGGCGGCCAACCGCGAGCUUGAGGCCCGCAUAGCCCACUACGAAAAGGAGGUGGUGAGCUGCGCUGCUAUGGGCUAUCUGCAUGGCUUGCUGGGGCCCUGCUUCGCCGUGCCUCCUGUGGCGUCGGGCGGCGGGGUGCCGGUUCAGCUGCGCUUCUCAGCCCCGCACACUGCGAUCGCGGCCCGCAUGCCGCGCGGCGGAGGUCGUGCGCGGCGCCGGCUGGCCCGUCGCGACAGCCGGGGUGGCGAGGCGGCGCAGCGCGAGGCGCACCGCGCGGAGUCUGGGAAGCUGUCAGAGUUGACUCACCAGGUGGACCUGCUCAAGGCCACCCUGGCCAAGGCGGCCAACGAGCUGUCGGGACAGGGCGCAACCAACGAGGCCGCGAGGCAGGGGCUCGAGGCCAAGCGCCUGCGGCUUGAGGCUGUCCGGCGGCGCCAGGCAGCACUGAAGCGCCAGCUGGAGGAGGGUUACGGGCAGCUGGGGGGCCUGGAGGCGCGCGUGGCGCAGCUGGAGGGCGUGCGGCGCGGCGAGGAGGGGCGGCUCGAGGGGCUGCAGAGGGAGGUGGAGUCCCUGAAGAAGGAGCAGUUCAGGUCGGGUCAGGCCCUGUUUGCGCUGCGCCAGAGGGAGCGGGAGCUCAUCAGCGAGAUAUCUGGUGAGCUGGUCCUGGGGGACUGA